AUGGUGUUUCUCUCUGUGGGCCCUCGCAAGGCUCGUCGGCGCUCACUUCUGGUGUUCGUACUACUUGCUCUGAUCUUGUUCGCUCAAUUAUCGGUGGCUCAACGUACCACCGAUGAUCAGGAUGCAGCGACUACGUCGGCUGACGAUGCGACAACCACCGACGCAGCAAGAACCACCGAUUCUGCAACUACUACGGGCGAUGAAACUACCACCACCAGGUCGCGAACGAGAGAUUCAUCAGCGACGACGACUACCGACUCCCAAUCGACAUCCACCGAAUCCGCAAGCAGCUCUUCGUCAUCUUCGACAAGCAACCACCCCGUAGUGACGGUGCCGCCAACUAGCGACGCUCCCUACAUGCAGAAGUCCGACACGCCUGAGGGCACGGUUUUCAUCGCUGUUGGGGCUGCGUUGGGAUUUAUUGGACUUUCUGUUCUCGCAUGGCGUGGGCUCGUUGCAUGGUCUGUGAAUCGAUCCGUCCGUCAGGCUGCGAUCGCGCAUUCGUCCGAAACAAAGGGACUGCUUCACCAUAAGAGGAAGAAGAGAUCAUCCCAUUCACACGGAGCCCCGCCCGCCGUGUCGCUCGAGAAGAUGAACGGCAAACACCGUUCAAGCCACUCGCACCGCCGGUCCUCCAAAGUUCCCAGCUCCAAUAGCGGCCUAUUCUUUUCGCCCACUGCCGGAAUGCACAGCGGAGGAAAUAGAGGCUCGAGUUAUCUUCCCGCUGGGUAUUAUGCUGCCGGAAAUGCUGCCGCUGGCGGCGGCCAGAACAUCUCUUUUUCGUCUUCCGAUCUACCGGGCAUGGGACCGCAAUCUCAAGGCUACUCUCGGACCAGAUCAGGUCCAAGCCCACCGGGAACGCCGCCUCCUCAUCCCGCAGGCGGUGCGCAUGAGUCUCAGCAUCAUAACGGCAGACAAUCGUACGUUGGCGCCUCAACUAGCAGUGUGAACCUCUCCUCUCCUCAGCACGGAAGGACACCAAGUGCAUAUCUAGAGGAUUUAUUCGAGAACCACCCUCCUCAAAGACGACCCUAG